UUUCCAACACCGUUCAUGAGGCAGCAUUUUAAAUCAACGCGUUUUAUUUAUUUGGUUCGCCGGCAGCCGGCUUUUUUUGCGCUGAAUGUGAAACAAAACAAUUUGAUGUUUUUUAUGAAACAAGUAGGCUAUGCAUUGUAAUGUCAAAUUGUGUAGCUAGAGAAUUUCGGUACAAACGGUCAUUCGUAAUGCAGAACUACGUACAAUACGUAAUACGUACAAGUCCCACGUCUAGAACCUUUUCUACGGGGUUUUCUAUUUUAUUUUUAAAUAUUACAAAAUUUCAAUUAGCAUGAACAAGACUGAACAAUAGUAAACGAUCUACAAGUAACAUACGAAUAGUUAAAUUGUUAUUAGUUAAAUAAAUCUGACCGUUCUGAUAAGUACGCGCGCGCUUUCCUUUCGUCUAGUAAGUGUUAUUAGUUAAAUCCAGAAAUAGAAGCCACAAUCAUGAUUUCAACCAGCGAGACUUCUAAGAACAAAGCCCCGAAGAGACGCAUCAGCGAUUCUCUGAGGACUCGUCGUAUUCGCCGUCUAGGCUCGGCUGUCGAUCGAGCCGACACCAAGGAGAACCACCGCUCCGCCGAUCUCGCCGUGGUUGCUGCUUCACCUCAGGGCCCGUUGCCCGAACCGAAUAUUUAUCCGGAACGUCCCGGUUGCGGCCAGUAUGCCUGGUUGAUAGGUCUUGUGGCUGUCUUGAGCGGCCUUGUGCUUGCCAGUAUGGCGGACCUAUCGGGAUUAUCGACCGACACCAUUAGUGAUUUCGUAGACAGCUAUUCCAAUCAGUACAAUGUAAUUAUUCACGAGCGUCCCGGUUACUGCGAACGCCAUGCUCGCUUGGGUGCCAUGGUGGACCACGCCUGGGAUCAGGUGCUGAACCAGCCGGAUGCUCUCGAGAAGCUAGAGCUCGCCUUGGACAAUACCACGUUCAAUGCCAUUGCAUUGAUAGGAUCCUCGGGUGUUGGAAAGAGCCACACCGCCCGUUUGCUGCGCGAAAAGUUCCCGUGGCCGGAGAAUGUUAAGACUGUUGCCUGGGACGAUUCCAACGCCCUGGCCCUCAUCCCCAGCAUCCUCUCGCACCUGAAGCUGUGCGGGCGCAACCUUAUCCUCGUCGAUAACAUGACCCCCAAGGACAUACGCUACGUUCCCUAUAUCAACGGCUUGAUACGCACUCAUCCGGAAAUCGCCAAUGGAACGGCCAACAAACCGAGCAAGAAGUACGUGACCAUUGUGUACAUCAUUAGCCUGAACCGAUUGCUGCCCGAUGACGAGUUCCAGGCCCAGAAGAUGGCCGUGCAGAAGCUGAUCAACACCCAUCUGAUCAACUACAAUGACUUGGAGCGCUCUCACGUCGAGGACUGCAUCCGCCGUACGGCCCGGGUCGAGGGCAUGGAACUGACUCGCGAUCAAAUCCUUGAUAUAAUCUAUUCCAUAGAUUACAUAAAUGCCGGGUGCAAGCCAGUCCGUGCCAAGGUCCUGAUGUACGGGACGCCCGUCAAGCAAAAGCCAUAGGCUACUCGAUAUUUAAUAGUUCGACUAGGAGCGCCGUUAGCGACUUCUAUUUUAGUUAUAAAUUAACGUUUGUGUAGUGUAUAUAAAUUUAGAAAAUGCCAUGACAUUCCUAAUAGGAUAAGCGACGCCAAAGGACCUGCUAGACAGCGAUUGUGAAGACUAGAACUUUUGAAGUUGGUAGAACUAUAGAUAAUAAUGCAGGGAUUUCAAAUCUGGUAUGUGCGAGGCUUAAACUAGGCAUCAGAAAGAAUAAAAAAAAUUAUUUUUGGAACUUUAA